AUGACGAGAAGGGCGGAAUUUGAGAUGUGUUUGUUCGUGGUUCUUCAAUCAAUGUUUCUCUUCUCUCUAUGUUCAUCUCAGGAGUUCUUACCUGAGAUAUCACCAGAUACAUCUCCUCAACCAUUUCUUCCUUUCAUUGCACCUUCUCCAAUGGUUCCAUACAUAAACAGUACCAUGCCAAAACUAUCAGGGCUUUGCUCGCUAAAUUUCACUGCUUCCGAGAGUUUGAUUCAGACAACUUCACACAACUGUUGGACUGUGUUUGCCCCAUUGUUAGCCAAUGUGAUGUGUUGUCCUCAGCUAGAUGCUUCUCUCACGAUCAUUCUCGGGAAAGCGAGUGAAGAAACAGGUUUGCUUGCCUUAAACAGAACCCAGUCUAAGCACUGUCUUUUGGAUUUAGAGCAAAUCUUGGUAGGCAAAGGCGCUUCGAGUCAGCUUGGGAGGAUAUGUUCUAUUCACUCGUCGAAUCUCACCGCUUCUUCGUGCCCUGUGAUCAAUGUCGAUGAGUUUGAAAGCACGGUGGAUACAUCGAAGCUUCUUUUGGCUUGUGAAAAAGUCGAUCCUGUGAAGGAAUGUUGCGAACAGACUUGCCAAAAUGCAAUACUCGAUGCAGCUACAAAUAUAACUAUGAAAGCAUCAGAACCUUUAACCGAUAAUUCGGAGAGGAUCAAUGAUUGCAAGAACAUAGUAAACCGCUGGCUCGCGACUAAACUCGAUUCUUCUCGGGCUAAGGAAACCCUCAGAGGGUUAGCGAACUGCAAAAUCAAUAGAGUCUGCCCUCUUGUCUUUCCGCACAUGAGACAUAUCGGUGGUAACUGCAGCAACGAGUUGAGUAACCAAACGGGUUGUUGCCGUGCAAUGGAGAGUUACGUAUCUCACUUGCAAAAGCAAACACUUAUAACCAAUUUGCAAGCUUUAGAUUGUGCAACCAGCCUUGGAACAAAGCUGCAGAAGCUAAACAUCACUAAAAAUAUCUUCAGCGUUUGUCAUAUAAGUCUCAAGGACUUCUCUCUUCAAGAAUCUGGUUGUCUAUUACCAAGCUUACCAUCUGAUGCGAUAUUCGAUAAAGACUCGGGAAUAAGCUUUACUUGUGAUCUCAAUGACAACAUUCCCGCUCCAUGGCCUGAUUCUUCUCAAUCCUCAGCCUCUACCUGUAAAAAACCUGUUAGAAUCCCAGCUCUUCCAGCUGCUGCCUCUUCGCAACCCGGUCUCUACAAUGAAGAGGUGAAACGUUUGGUGAUACUUUUCUUGUCUAUGGUUCUUGUGAUGCUUCUAUCAUAG